AUGUAUCAGGGCAUCAGGGAGUUCCUAGACAGUCUGUGGCGCUACUUGGCAGCGUCAGGUGCACCGAUUUAUAACGUCCCAGGGGUUCUCAGUUGGAUACAGGUCUGGAGAAUGUGAGGGCCAGUCAACCUUCAUCAUCCAGGAACUGACACUCAGUCUGGGAUUCACACUUGAAUUCCUAAGCCCUGGACUAACGGACAAAUACGAGACCAGACCAUUAUACAUUCUGUCUAUGACAAGAAACAAUGUUACGUUCACUCCGGCACGCGAAUAAUGUUACUACAUCGCUGACACGCGAUCACUGUUACAUUACCACGAUUCAAUCAACGACUUCUUGACGUCGGUUGAUUAAGGUGACCAGUCUGUCGGUAUUUGCUUUGACAACUUUGCUAAAACUACGCCAAGAAAGAGAAAAACGGCGACGUGAAAAUAUGAACACAAGGCAGAGAAGUGUCUAACUGUUGGGCAAUCCUGUUAGCCUGCUCUUCAAAAACAUGAAGUAUAUCAACAUUUCCAUUCUCCACUUACACGUCCUUAAAACUUAUAUGGGAAACACGGGAGAGGGUCAUGGCUGUAUAAACCUACAGAACACAUCAGCAAAAGGAACCAGGAGCACACUUCAACACUCAAACAUAAUUUGGGUGUAAUGAGUCUGCCAGAGCAGGGGCUGUAGGCAGGACCUGUUAAGCACCUGAGAGUUUCCCCAAGGAAACAGCUUUAUCUGUCCCGGGACUCAUCAUGGACGUGUCCAUCCCUUCAAUCCUGCUGGGUCUGGGUGGGAAAGCUGUGAUGGGCUUGGCCCUGCUUCUCUUCCACCGAUCUUAUCUGAACCACAGCUUCCUGGGUGUGUUUUCCCUCUCUCUGACCCUGGUAGACACUCUGCUGAGCCUGUUCCUGUCAGCCCUUUACUUCCAGGAAAACAUGUCCCUCCUGGGCCUUCACUUCACCAGGCACCACAUCUGUCUGCUUGCCCAGAUUGCCGGCUUCACCUACAACUGUCUCCUCUGGCCUGUAGCGGUGGUGACCGGACUGGACCACUUCUGGACCAACAAGAUCCAGGGUCCUGGUCCCACUCUGAGAUCUCCUUGCUCUGAAGUGAAGUGUCCCCCGGGGGGAGGUUUUAGAUCCCUGUCUCCCUCAAUCCCCACCUCACCUACUAGUCUGGGAAAUGCAAAGCUAUCACAAGGUCAGCGUCUUCAUCCAGGGGCAACAUUAUCCAGCGUCAGGAGGAGGCCUCCAGUGUGGGUACUAAAGAUUGCCUACUUAACAGCUGUCUGUCUGCUGUGGAUAGUGGCCCUGGUCUAUGUGAUCCUGGGGUCUGGGCUCAUCCCAGUGCUGGGGAACCAGUCUCCCUACCAGCUGAACCGUUGCUGGGUGUUCACUAGUGCUCAUACCCGUCGAGUUGAUGGAACACUGCUACUGACUUUGGCCUGUGCUCUUGUGUAUGUUCAUAGCCACACAGAGUCCCCUAUGAGAGGCUUCCAGGGUCGAAGGGUGUUAGUGAGAAUGAGGGCUCUAUUAUGGAGUUACACUGACAGGCAGGGCAGAGCUGAGGUAGUCCACCAAUUGUUAUGGAUUUUUCUCAACACGUGGGCUCUGUUCCUGGUUUUUCUGAUUGUUUGCCUGGUCUGCCAGGUUGAGAUUCCUGGAUACCUGGGGCUAAACGUUCCCUGGCUGUGUCUGCUCAAUAGCUUCCUGCUUGGUGUUGUAUUGUGUGUUCGCUGCCCGGCUCCAAAGCUAGCUCAGGGUUCAGUGACCACUGAUGGCUUCUGUAACUGGAGUCUGAGUCCUGUAGAAAGUCAAUGUGCUGGUGGACCUAUUCUUCUCAACUGACAUUUAAAGCCCCUAUACAAUAAUUGUUUGUGCAAUCAUUGUGUUUAAAUCAUUAGUUUUUAUAUAUUUUUCCCCCAGUGAAAAUAAUUCUAAAAUAUACAUUUAAUAAUGUGUGGUCCUUGCCUGAUGACUGAUAUGUAAAUUUCAGUUAAUUCUUAACCUUAAAGGCUUGAAUUUGAAUGCAAGGCAAAUCAGGAAAGAGACAGGCAGCUCUAUUUCUUUGGUGGCUAUGUGGCAAAAUGCUGGUAAAUGGACCUGAUAGACUAUUUUAUGACAAUGUAUGUCGCCAUAUCUGAAUGUGUGAAAUAUAUAGUUAGAAAACAAUUUGCUGUGUUGUAGUGUGGUGCCAAAUGGUGAUUAUUUGUUUGUCCACAGAUAAAGUGACGGUCCCUUCAUGCAAUCAAUUAUUGCUCCAAGAAACAACAUGUAUACUAAUUUGUCACUCUGUUAGCAUGCAAGGCAAGAAUACAUGAUACAGAAAAGUGGCAAGCAUGGAUUUAACUCAGGACAUAUACAAUUGAAUAUUGAUCAUAAAGCACCAAUGCUGCAUGUUAUACUGUGUGAAGAAAAACAAUAUGGCAAAUUGACAGAAAAUAUACAGCGAAACUGAUCGAGCGCGUAGUGUGGUGAAAAGCAGAACAGCUUGGCAAUGUGUCCUUCAGAGGAAAGACCUCUUGAUCUUCGAUUCAUUUGUCCCAGCUGUGGAGUUACUGCGAUGAGGCAAGGCCAUAAUCGCAAAUUGGACAUUACAAAACAUGGGUGUAACAUUAGUUCUUAAAAAAAGUAUAAUUAUAUAUGGGUUAAGCUGACAGCACCAAUAUUAAGUGCUUCAUUAGUGAGUGCCUUGGUCAACUUAAUUUAAUACAAUGUGUGGUGUACAGAUUGAGUGGGUUGUACUGUGCUGAAUAGACGGUUUUAAAACAAUGUCUGCCUCCUCUGGAGGGUUAAUCCUGUGGAGUUUCUAGUUGUGUCACGGGAAGAUUUGGCGGUGGAAGACGCUGGUGGAAAUGGACUGCUGCAGCGCCCCUGAGGAUCGGACACCGGUGCGCCCUCAAAUCAAUAUUACAGAAAAGAACAAUUAUAUACCUAGUUUACAGUCAAUUUAACCAGGUAGACGUCUUGAGGUCCACUCCGUUGAUGUGCUUUAUAGUCAAAGUCUGUCAAGUCUAUUAUAUUGUCACUUGCCAUGUUAACCAAUUUAACCUUUAUGGAUUUCAAUCUACAUGAUAUGGAGGUAAAUUUUUCUACGUAAUUAGAUAUUUUUAUGAUGUACCCGUGUUUAUACUUUGUACUAUGUGUAUAUAAAAACGGACUCAGGUACAGCAGUCUCAAGAAAUGAUUCAUGACACCAGAAUGACACUACAGAACUUUACUUGAAUUUGAUCCAAGUUCAUUGUCUAUACAGAGUAUAUUUACAAGAUCUUGAAAUAAGGAAGAAGGGAAAAAAAAAA